AUGCCCACUUACGCUAAAUUUCUCAAGGUAAUUGUCACCAAGAAGAGGAAAGUUGAGAAGUACGAGACAGUUACCAUGACAAAAGAAUUUUGCUCAGUAUUGAGCAAAAUGCCACCAAAGCAAAAAUAUCCGGGUAACUUUAUUAUUCCAUGUUCUAUAGGAGACAACUAUGUUGGAAAGACACUUUGUGAGUUUUACUCGAGUGUGAACUUAAUGCCCAAGUCAAUAUUUUUGAAGCUUAGGAUGGGAAAUGCAAGACCCACCUCCGUUAUUUUACAAUUAGUCGACUGUUCCCAUGUUCUUCCCAAAGUGAGGGUCGAAGAUGUCAUUGUGUGGGUGGACAAAUUUGUGUUCCCAGUGGACUUCCUUAUACUUGAUUGCGAGGUUGAUACUAAUUUACCCAUAAUUUUUAGGAGGUCUUUCCUAGGCACUGGUUGUAUUCUUAUUGAUUGUGAAAAUGGUGAACUCACCAUGAGAGUGGUCGACCAAUGUGUGACUAUGAAUGUCUUUUGUACUCUCAUAUUUGUUGAUGACUCAGAAGAAUACUAG